UAAAAUAUCUUUUCUUCUCAUCUGCCGCCAUUAACUACCGCAACACUCGGUUCUAGGGUUUUUCUUCCUCUUCUCCUUCGUCGCAUUCUUUUCUCUCCAUCUUCCUCCUUCUCAUUCUAGGUUUCGAAUAACAACAUUUUAGAAUCGUACCGCCCUUUACAUUGACGGCUCUCGUUUAACAUUAAAUCGUCGUCGAUCGGUUGUUUGGCUUUAUGCUUUUAAUCUGAAACUUUAGUCGUACUUUUUGAUCUCAGACUUAGAGAUGAAGCGGUCGAGGAAAUCGAAGAGUGUUUCGUGGGCUCAUGAUGUUAAUCUUUGUCAGGUGAAGUUGUUCUCAUCAGAGGACUGCCCUUCAAAAGUUGGCCUGAAAUCUUACGAACAUCUCCGAGCAAAGACUUCCUGGAUGUUGCCUCCCCAUGCUAUUGAAUCUAAUGAUUGUCCUCCUGGAUUUAAUGAUACUCAUUUGGGAAACCGAUUAGCAGAUAUAUCUGACAUCCCUUUUAUUAAGUGGAAUUGCCCUCCCAAGUUUGUUAUGAGUUGCAACUGGCGUGUGGCAGCAGGAGAAGAAAGUACAGAGAUAGAAUCUCAAAAUUUUAGGGAAAUGAGAUUGCUGGAGGCAAUUUAUCCCCGGGCUUCCGAUAUUCCUCUUGGUGCGAGUGUUUCUACCGAGAUCGAACGUAAACCUUACAAUGAUAGCCUCACUCCUCUUGUCCCUAUCAUUCCUAUCGAAGAAGACGAUUGUGGAGAUGUGGAGUUUGAUUCAGCUGCUGUUGGAAACUUACCUACGCGCUCUGUGCAGAUGAUGGGUAGUUUCAACGUUCAGUUGGAACCUGCAAUCCUGAAAAGUUCAGAUGAAACAUCAUCAGUAGUAGCAGGGGAAGGGCCAACUGAAAAGUUAGUUGAUGUUGGUGUGGACGUAGUAGCUGCAGCCUCUGCUGCAUUUACUGUUCUAAUGAAAAGCAAGGAGCAGGGAAGCUUGAUCGACACCAACUUGCUUAUUAAGAUUUUCAGUGAUCCAACGAUGGUUCAGAAUUUGACUAACACUCUUCCUCUAUUUCAGUUAGUUUCUGAGAGUCAACCCUCUGCAACCACUGCACCAUUAUCUGUGUCAAAGCCAGUGACCGGAUCGAUACCAUUGCCUGUAACACAAUCCAAUAUGAUACCAAAUCCCCCAAAUGAAAGCUUACCGAGCAUGUUGAAAAGGUUUCUAUCUUCAGAAACCACUCUUCCACAGGUGAGUAACAUUGCAGCAUCUGAUGUAAAGCCAGCCUCAGUCCCGAGCCAUUCACCUGUACCCAAUCUCCUAGAUGUAAAAACUACGAAACCGAAUGGUGGGAACUAUUCUAAAACAGGUGCAGUCCCAGGACAAGCCAAUAUAACAUGGGUAAAUAUGGUAAAAAAAGGUCAGACAUUGAAGGAUGCUAGCUACUAUAAGUACUUGGUAAGGCAACAUGGAGACCAGAAAGAUGGUAAUGAACAGAAACUUGGAAUAAAUGGUAAUAAUCACAACCAUCGUAAUCUUAAUAUGAUGCACAAGAUCAAAUCAGAAAACUUAAAACCAAAGAAUCAGAAAAAUUGCAUUUACUUUAACACUCCAAAAGGAUGUCGAAAUGGCGUUAAUUGCCAAUACAAACAUGAUAUGCCACAUAACUGCCGUAUUAACAACAUAUUGGAGACCCGAAUUGCUAAGAGAAUGAAAUUGUGAUGGCGAAGAUUCGGGCAGGGAGGACGUAAUUGUGUGAAUUCUUUACUAAGAAAUUUUGUGGGAAGGUUGCUAGUUUGUAUUUUUGGGAGGUGGGGAGAUCGACUGGUAAGAACAUCAAUUUUCAAGAAGAAAAUAUAUGAAAACAAGUUGAUUUCAAUUAGAAAAUCUUAUUCGGGUUGAGUUGAUAUUGAUUAGAGAGGGGGGCCUUUCAUAUUUUCAUAUUCAUUUUUGGUAAUUAAAGGAUCUUGGUCAUCAGAUAUUGCAUGUAUAUUAUUAUUUAUCUACUUCCUCUAGUGUGGUUUUUAGGAUGACGAUUUCCAACCUUUCACUAGUUUCCUUUUAGUUCUUUAGAAAAAUUGGUUUUAAUACUAUUUUG